AUGCAAGGAAGAACGCUACUGCUUUUCACGCUCAUCCUUUUAUGUGUGCUAGCUUAUUGUUGUGUAGAGAAUGUUACUGCUGAAUCAUGGGGAAGUUUCUUGAGUCAAUCUAUGCAAGUUACAAAUGGAAAAUUAUUUUCAUCAUCAAAAAGAUCACAAGUUGUUUGUCCUCCAAAUACCUUUGGAAGUAAAUGUAAUAAUAAGGUGAAUCUCCCAGAUACAUAUCCUCUCAAAAAAGGUCCGUUAAUGAUUGGCCAGAUGGAGAUUAAUGAUGGAAAUUCUUAUUCAUGCGAGUGGACUAUUUUUGUUUUAGAAUUUAAUCAAAGUUUUAGUUAUCCCUGUUUUUUUGUCGUAGCCGAUACAACUGUUCCACCAAUCAAUUACACUCUAACCUAUUCAGUGUGGUCUGCAGGUUUCAUAAUUUUUUCAAAGGAUGUUGUGUUUAUUGAUGGGAUAAUUCCAACAUUGAAUACUAAGGUGACCUACAUGGGUGAUUUCAAUUUCUUGAUUGACAAACCAAUGAGCUGGGAUGAUUCUGCCAACACAUGCCAAGUUGGAAUAGUUCAACAAAAGAUUUCUUCAUUGCAAGAACUUUCAAAGUUGAAAAACUUAACUACAUUUGACAUUCCUUGCAAUUCAUCUUCAACAAUCAAGGUUCCAUAUUUUGGAUAUCCUUACUAA